AUGUCAAGAUUGAGAAGAAGAGAGCCUGUGAAGGUGGUGAUUAUCAACACCGAGUAUAUUGAGACAGACGCCAUGAGCUUUAAGUCUGUCGUUCAACGUCUCACCGGAAAAGAUACUCCCUCCCCAUCUCCCAACAAUAGCUUAUCACACGCUGGUGGUGGUGGUGGUGGUGUGAAGUCGCCUGUGUUGAAGAAAGGGAUGUCGUUUAGAGACCUGGAUAACUUGCUGUUGGAGCUCCCUUCCAUGGAUGAUAUUUAUCGGUUUUGCUCUGAGUAA